AUGAAUUAAUAAAGUUUUGUGUAAGUUAAUUAAGAACAUGAUUAAAUUAAAAAAAGAGUCAAUUCACUUAAAUUUUAAUUAAAGGAUAUUGAGUAAAAAAAUUAUGUUUUGCAGAGUAAAUUAAAGGAUUUUAGAUAAUUAUCACCAAAUGUAAAUAAAUCACCAAUAUCUUAAUUACAAUUAUAAUUGGGAUUAGAUAGAAAAUUUAUAAUGGAGUAAUUUAAACCAAUAAUAGAGAAGGAAGGAAUUUAUGUAAGAAAUGAGAGAUUAAAAACAGAAUCAUAUUUACAAUAAUCAAAAAACAUAGAAAUUUAACAGAAAAAAAAGAAAGUAAAAUAAAUUGAAGGUUAAGAUUAAGAAAUAUUAAAAAUGAAGGCUAAGUACUAUGAAAAAAAGAUUAAUGAAGUUCGUUAACGAUAGUUGUAAGAAAUCGAAAUGAAUAAAUAAAUAGUUCAUAAAAGAAUAGUUGAAAUAAAUAAUUUAAAGAAAUAAGAAUAAUAAUUAUUAGGAGAAUUAACUCUGUAUUAUGUAAUGAUUAAUUUAGGGCAAAAUAAAAAGAAUAAUCGUUGAAUAACAAGUUUUCGAAUGUCUUACUUUCUUCUGAGAAUAGUAAAAUGUUACCAACGGUUUAGAAAACAAAUAGUAGAAUGAGUUAAAAAUCUAAUUCUAAAAAUAGACCAAUGUUAGGUAGUCAUUCUGUUUAAAAAUCUGAUAAACUAUAAGAUAGGUUUUAGAAAAGUGAUACAAAAUAAAAUUAUAAUUCUUUUAUUGAUUAUGAUGAGGAUAUGAAAUAGAGAAUUGAAUUAAGAAAGAAUUCAUAAUCAAUAGAUUAAUUAAAUAUUGGUUGUUAAACAAGUUUUAUAAUGACUGAAAAAAACUAAGAAAGUGUUUAGUAUUCAUAAAACUUUGAUUCAUUUUGUAGUAACAAUUAGGAACAAUCUAUUGAAAUAAUGUAAAAAAACAAGUUAAAAUAGAAAUCUUAAAAAUGA